CGCACCCGGGCGCAGUUUCCGAACGCUCUCUUGAAUACAUAUGGACCAAAGUGUCCAACGGUUAAUAUUGUGAAAACAACAACGUGCAAAAAGAAAUUGUUUUUCUAAUUAGUGAAAAAUGCCUCGAAAUAAAUACAAAAAAUAUUUAGAAUACAAAUCGAAAGAGACAAUACCAAAAUCCACAGCGGUGAGUCGACGUAUGGUAUUGGAACAAGAUGAGGCGACGAAUGUAAUGAUAAAUGAAGUUAAUGCAUCGUUUUCUAAUUGUAAUAAUAUGACAUCUCUUAACGUGGAUACAACAGAUUGUUCCGACUUUGAAGAAGAAUUGGAACAAUAUGAACAAAGAAGAGAUACAGAGGUCAAUGAGUGUGAGGUUAACAAUAUAAUAAUUGGUGACCAUGAGUUGUGCGAUGCUGUUACAAAUAAUAUCAAUGCAAUAUCGAACCCUGUAUGUAACAGUGCUGAUAGUGAUAACGAAAAUGAGAGCAUUAAUGAUAUUUAUGAGAAUAAAUGGCUAUACAAUGUUAUUCAAGAUAACUAUUGUUAUGACGAUGAAGGUGUAUGUGAUGACAAAGACAGUGAUGACGAACCAAAUGAGUUCAGACAGAAUAACAGAGUACAUGAGGAAUUUUCUAACAUGAAGAACAUAGAAGAUUCAUAUCUGCAAAAUGUUUUGUGUCCAUGCACAAAGACAACUGUAGGAGAAGCAUUACUUCUUUAUAUGACAGUAGCACAACGACAUUCUUUAACGUGGGUCACCACAAUUGAUAUGCUGAAGUUGAUAAAUGUACUUUUUAAUAAAAAUGCUGUACCUACCACUAAGUAUAAGCUAAUAAGUAUUUUCCUGCAGAAAUGGAUAAAGUGCAAUAUCAUAUGACUUGUCCAUGAUGUACUAAGUAUUUGGGUAAACGAGAAACAAUGACUGAAAAUAUGUUAUGUCA